AUGGCGCUAGUAACUUUACCAGUAUCCAUGACACUCCGUCCAUUCGGCAACAAGUUAUUGCAGUACGUACAUGAAGAUGUGGAGGCACAUGGCUUGCUCAUAGCAGACGGAGACGACGUUAUGAGUCCGUUAAGUAAGCUGGAGGUGUUGCAGGCACGGUCGGGUAACGGACGAGUGCAUAUAAGAUGCAGUUAUAACAACAAGUUCUUGGCCGUCCGGAGAGAAGGCGAUUCCGUGGUGGCAGCGGUGGCCGAGGAACCUGUGGAGGACGAAUCAGCAUGGUCAUGCACCAUGUUCUUGCCUGCAAAUAUCCCUGGGUACAGUAAUAACAACAUUCAGUUGUUGCAUGUGCAACUCGGACGCAACCUGUUCAUCGAUCGACAAAAUCCUGUUCUUGCAGUAUCAUCAGAAGUAGCAGCAAAUCCCCAACAUGCAACUCACAUGAUAUUCGGUUUCGUCGAUUUGGCACCCCUGUUCAUGAUGCCCAGACACGUGGCGUUUAAAGGGGAUAACGGCGAUUACCUUCGGUUCAUGUCGAUCAACAACCAGCCAUUUCUACAGUUCAGUUCCGGCGUCGAUAAAUGGCAUCCAUCGGUGUUGCACGAGGUCUCUAACGACGCUACUGAUUAUGGAAACUUUCGCAUUAGGUGCAAUGCUAGCAAUGUCAACGACGGAUUCUGGAGGCGUAACCGAGAUUCUGAUGCUGAAUGGAUUCAUGCCGACUCAGUUCUCUUGCCCCACAACUCGCCCUUGAGCCACCGCUGGGGCGACACCCAUUUUACGGCCGUCAAGGUUGCAGAAAAUAAUGAAGGCAUCAUCGUCGCUUUCAGAAGCACCAACAACAACUACUUGAUGCGACGGAGCGCUUCCAAUGUGCAAAACGUACUCAGUGCCCACGCCGCCUCCAUUAUCCCAGAAGCACGCCUGGUGGUGGAAGAGCUUGUCAGAUCCAGACUUAUCUACAACGUCAAUUUCAACCUCCUGGACUCGAGGAUCUACGCUGGCAAUCCGGAGAUAGCGACGGGCCAAGAUUUUGAAAACAAAACAUCACUACCUCAGACUAUGGAGCUCACCUUCACAUAUACUCAAAUAAGGACUAGUACAUGGAAUGCCACUGUCUCAACCACCGCUGGUGUGUCUACAACUUUCAGGACCGGUAUUCCGUUCAUAGCAGCAGGUGAGAUCACUACUUCACUUGAGGUUACAGCAUCAUACGAUUGGGGACGAAGUUAUGAAGACAUAGAAACACGCGAGGAUAAGAUCACUGUUACUGUGCCACCAAUGACGCAUGUCACGGUUAGCAGGAUAGAGACACGGGGUUCCUGUGAUGUUCCCUUCUCUUACACUCAGCAAGACACUCUUUAUAAUUGGGAGACAAGUGUCUACCAAAAGCAUGAUGGCCUUUACAGAGGGGUUAAUAGCUUCAACAUCCACUACCAGGCUAGAGAGGAAUCCCUGCCAUCCAGAGCAACCCAAGAAACAAAGACCUAUCCAAUUUUUCCUCAUACUUCUCGACUUCUGUCGUCUGUGCCUGCUGGCUAG